CAAACAUGGCGGCCUAGUGUAGUGAUAAAUAGUGUAUUAUAUAUUUUUUACGUUUAAAUGUUGUUAUACGAGUGAAAAAUACCGAAAAUGGCUAACAAAAGGACACAGAAAUCCCACCAGUCGGACAAAAAGCAAUCCAAGAACUCCAAAGAUGCGAAAAAGAGUACCGAAGCACAAAAGAAAACCAAGACCGAGAAGAGCAACGCUUCCAAGUCAGGCGAUUCAAAAAUGACUCUAUGCACGAUUCCGACGGUCGGCGUCAGGCCGCCCCAGGUGAGGGAGCGGCGUCCAGGGAGGCCUCCGAGCGGGAAACGUCUUGCCAUGGUCAGAGAUAUGCCAGCCAAAGUCCGAUCGGCCUUCAGACGCAGUCUGGAUCCAUGUGAUAAUUCCAACGAUAGCGGUUUAGGUUUCGAACAUCAUGCAGAUCCGCACCAUCUUAACAUGUCGGAUAGACUUACGUGGAAUGGCGAACGCGCGGAAGCCAAAAGGCUCAAAAUGGACAUAAAGUUGGAGAAUGAGGAGGUGAAUGAUAGAUAUUGCUUUCCUGACACAGUGAGGAACUGCAAAGAAAGCACAUCACUGAUUCGUACUGCCCCCGCUGGCUCGAUACCCUCGUUAAGUAUGAAUAACAAUCCGACAAGUUCCUCGGGUAGGGCAGUUCCUAGAUGUAUACCUCUCUCGAACAGACAACCGAGCUCCUCACCAGUUCCUCUCACUACACAAUUAAGUACUUCUUCCAAAUAUGUUUCAGACGUGAGCUUGACGAUAGUUAAACAACCAGAGCAGCAGCACAGAGCGAGGUAUCAGACUGAAGGCAGCAGGGGCGCUGUAAAAGACAGGGAAGGCAACGGAUUUCCUAUAGUGCAACUAAUUGGCUACUACAAACCUACAACUCUACAGGUAUUUAUCGGAACCGACGUGGGCAAGGUAGCUCCGCACAUGUUCUACCAAGCGUGUAAGGUCAGCGGCAAAAACUCGACACCUUGCAUUGAGAAAAAAAUCGACGGCACGUGCGUGAUCGAAUUGCAAUUGGACCCAUCGAAAGACAUGAGUGCUACCUGCGAUUGCGUUGGCAUAUUAAAGGAGCGGAACGUCGACGUGGAGCACAGGUUCCCGGAGCAGUUGGGCAACAGAAGUAAAAAGAAGUCGACGAGAUGUCGAAUGAUUUUUCGCACCACGUUAACGCACGAUGAUGGAUCGCUGGAGACGCUGCAAGUUUGCUCGCAGCCUAUCGUUUGCACUCAGCCCCCAGGGAUCCCCGAAAUCUGCAAAAAGUCGCUCACUUCGUGUCCGGCGAGCGGAGGGUUGGAGCUCUUCGUUUUGGGUAAAAAUUUCCUCAAGGAUACUAAAGUCUACUUUCAACAAUUCGACGACGAGAGGCAUGUGAGGUGGGAACAAGCCGUUGUUCCCGAUAAGGAGUACCUGCAGCAGACUCAUUUCGUGUGCGUAAUACCACCAUAUCGUAGACCUGACAUAAAUGAACCAGUUACAGUUAGGUUGUGUGUCGUAUCUAGCGGCAAAACAAGCGAACCACACCAGUUUGUAUAUACCCCUGUUAAUGGGGCCAUACCGAGCGUUCACGUCGAUCCUCCGCCUGCUACACCGCAAGCACCGUUUUUUAACAAGAUGCCUUGGUCGUCGAACAUUAGCAAAAGAGAGCAAGAUUUGGGCAUGAUGCCCCCACCAGAAUCCAGCUUGGUGCCUAUGGCACCCCGUCGCCCUUCCAUCAGCUUACCAUCGACCAGCGAGAACCUCUCUCCUCCCUUGCGCACCCUCAAGCAAGAGUACAUCGACGAGAACAGCCAAAGUUCCGUCAUUGACUCCAUGGAUCACCCGGAGCGCUUCAGACACAUCUCCGAGAGCUCCCUCGACGUGCAUCCGGGCGAUUCCAACAUGUCGAUGAUCAAUGACAACUCCAUCGAUAUGCUCAACCACAACAACAUGUUGAACCACAACGAGAACUCCAAUUUGAGCGUGAGCAACGAGGGUAGCGUAGAAAUCAUGGUGAGGAGAAGAGGGUCAGUCAGUAGACCAGUGUGCGAAAGCUCCAUGGAUGUCAAUCUGAGCAACUCGCAGAUGUCUACCAUGAACGAAGACACGUCGUGCAGUAACGUGAUGCAGCACUGCAGCAACUCGGUCGUGACAGACCGCCUAGUGCUGUCCCAGCCGCUCCUGAUGCAACAAAACAUGCUGGCGUCCGCCUCCCAGAACGAGGUCGGCGCCGCCACCGCGGAAGAGCUCAAAGUCAUCGACUUGAGGAUGAAGAUGCCCAUGGCCACUGUUGCCGAUUUAGUCAACAGCAGUGCGCCCUCUAUGGCCACCUUGCAGAGUUUCGGGGUGACCGAGGCGUCGGACGUGCCGCUUCCGGCGCAGAGCGCACAAAGCGUCGAGAAUUUUCUCACGAAUAUCGAAACCAAGAGUAUUCAGAGUCAGUUGCAGUUGAAGAGUGACGUUUCGGAGAAGAUCAACGAGAUUAUUAACACGGAAUCGAGAGGGUUCUGUUCGCCGAAGAUUUUGACGUCUUCGCCUGUGGUUCCCGCGCCGACGUGCGGGAAUUUGCUGCCUAAUUGUACUACGAAUUUGACUUCCACUAGUGAAGCGGUUUAUUUGAGAGAGAGGCAGUUUAUAACUGGGACCACCGAAAAUGAAGGCAUGCUGGUCGCGAAAAGCGAAGCUGCCGCCAUCGCCGAACAAACUAUAUCGCAGACGAAUGCUAUCACUUCGUCCAUUACUACAUUGAGCACAAUCGAAAGUUCCAUCAGCGUUCCUAUCAACACGGAGAAGUUAGAUCAGUUGGUUAAUUCGACGGUCGAGUCUCACAUAGGAAGCCCCACGAGAUCUGAGCAACCGAGUAAGAUGGCAAUGACGUCCCCGAAUCCAGAAGCGUCAUCGGACGUCAUCCGCGACGUCAUGUUGAAUUCCCGGUCGAAUUUGAUGGUGGCUCCUAUGAUCAACACGACCUUAUCGUCCCCGAUAUUAAAUCAUGAUCUCAGCCACGCCCACACGUCUCCUAACCUAUCCCCAGCAGUGAUAUUAAACUCCCAGAUAUCACCGAGUUUGAUGUGUAGGAACACGCAAGAUACUCUUCUUCCUAACGCCAUGUGUCAACCACCGGUCACUGUAGAGUCGAGUCUGCAGCCUUCCGUGAUUCCGACUCUGUUGACGACCAACCCGAAUCACAGCUCCCCGUUACAUUCCCCGAUAGCUGUUGCCAAUCCUUUAACCCUAGCUGCCGAACCCGAGAAAGCUGUGCUUAUAAAAGCUGCUGUGGAUUUGUUCGAGACGCAGAAGAGGAUAUCGGAAUUGGACAGCAGGUCGAAGAAUAUAGAUACUAAGGAACCCAUGAUGAACAGAAUGAUGGAAGAUAUAAUGACUAUGGCAUCUUCUGGUGCGACUGAGGUGAUGCCAACGACGAGACUAAGUCAAUUACAAGGGAACAAUUUUGUACAACCGCCGCUUUUAAACACCGUAUCGCCACCUGAAAUGGCAUUGUUAAACAAAACGAUAGCUCAGGACAAUAAGUCUGAUUUUGUUAUACCAGUGCCUGUGAAAGAGAUAACCGGAAUAUCGCAAGUUGAUAAGAAGACCGAGGAUCGAAUGAUUCCCCAGUCGUUCACGUCCCUAACCGAGAACGAACUGAUCAACUUCAUAAAUCCGAGUUGUUUUGACCAAGUAUAAAUUCAUUGGUGGAGGCGUCAUUCAUGUUCCGUACUCAUUGCUGUGUAAGGUGUUAUUGUUUGCAUUUAAAAGCUCAGCUUAUUAUGAUUACGAUGUGCUUUUUAAUUCAAUGAUGAGGCACUUUAUACAUGCAAGUUGUAAUUAAGUACAAGACGUUAGUUACAUUUUUUUACGUUGUUCAUAUGUAAUGUUUACAUAUUUGUUGUAAGAUUACCAUGUCGUAAUCGAGUAUUAUUGCGAUUGCUCAUCCGCAGUUUGUUCAGAUAUAUGCCAUUUUUUAAACACUUGACAAAUUAAUGUAGGAUUUCCGCAUCUAUAUGUGCUAUUUUAAGUUUGCUCAAUUAAGUAAUAUGCUUUCUCUAUUUAUACAAAACAAAAACAUAAAAAGAGACUUAACUUUUCAUUUGAUCUGCUUGUGCAAAAUUAUCACUUUCGUAAUGAUUAGUUUCUACUUUAUGUUCCAUCUUGGAAUUCUGUGAAAUUUUAAUUUUAUUUUAAAAAUGUCAAUGCAAAUAGAUUUUAAGAUGAAAUAAAAUUUCAACACAGUGUUUUCUAUGAAAACAAACUGUGCAUUAUUUAUACUUGUACGAUAAUUUAUUUUAU